AUGUCCAGCCCAAAGCGCAGAAUUGAAACAGAUGUCAUGAAGUACGAAUCUAAUAUUGUUCUUUGUGUAUUCUCCAUCCUUUUGCAAAAUACAAACCAGGAAGAUUAUCUAACCGGGAAUUUCAAACUCAGGCAAGAAUUCUAUGUUCGGUUUAAAGGCCCAGAAGAAACACCUUUUAUCGGUGGCCUCUGGAAGAUCCAUGUCGAACUCCCUGACCAGUAUCCAUACAAGAGCCCCAGUAUUGGAUUUGUCAACCGGAUAUUCCAUCCAAAUAUCGACGAACUCUCCGGAUCCGUUUGCCUCGAUGUGAUUAAUCAGACAUGGUCUCCCAUGUAUGACAUGAUUAACAUCUUCGAAGUCUUUCUUCCACAGUUGCUCCGCUAUCCCAACCCAUCGGACCCACUCAAUGGCGAGGCCGCAGCCUUGAUGAUGCGGGAACCUAAAGCGUACGAGGCAAAGGUUAAAGAAUAUGUUGCCCGAUACGCAAGCAAAGAGGCUGUUGAUGAGGCAGGCGAGGACACUGAAGACGACGACGAGCUCAGCUCAGCUGGUAGCUAUGACUCUGACGCUGAAGAGCCCGCUGGAACCAUGGAUGAUGUGUGA